AUGAAAAUAGUCUUCACGGCUGACCCAGAGAACCCGACGAGCAAAGGCGGAGUAGCGAUAGUCAUCAAUAAACAACUCACACUCUGGCACCACACCAAGACUAAGGUCAUCAUCCUGGGGCGAGCUAUCCUUCUGAAAACUAGGUGGUACGGGGAAAAAGAGAUCAUCAUCCUGGGCAUUUACACUCCAAAUUGGUGGCCAGAUUACAUGGGUGGCGACAUGAAUUUUGUAGAGGACCCAAUAGACCGGCUACUUAUGCGAGCAGACCACGCUGACGUACUGACAGCUUUUGACAAUCUCAAGGAACUGCUUGGACUUCGAGAUGGAUGGUGUAGAACAUAUCCUGACAGGAAAGACUUCUCAUUCCGUUGCACACGAAGCGUCCCAGUCCAAGGAGCAAAUGAAAUGGUAUGCCAAGUGUUUCAAUCCAGAAUCGACAGAAUAUAUGUUACAGACAAUCUGUUCGAGAAUGCUCGUAUAGCAGGUGUCGAUCAUGAUAUGGUCUCAGUACAGAUCGCGCAUGAAGAAGCACCAUUGAUUGGCAAAGGAAGAUGGGCCUGCCUGGACAGCAUCCUUAAAGACCACCAGCUAGCCGAAGGGGUGAAAAGGCUUGGAAUAAAUGCCCUAGAUGAGAUCACUGAGAUCAGACGGUCAGGAAGAACUCAGUCCUCGAACCCCCAGAGAGUGUACCAGAAGUUCAUAACAGCUGCAAUGGAACUAGCCAGGGAACGAGAACGCAGCGUGAAGGUUCAAUCCCAACUAAAGAGAUCUCAAAUUGAGAAAGAAAUAGAAAACACACCAGGAAACCCUGAUUUAUCUGAACUGGAGCAAUCAGAAAGGCUAGCAAGGCUGAAAUCAGAGCUACGAAAUAUUAAAUGA